UGUUAUUAGCACGAACGACAUGUGUUUCAAGAACUCUAUAUUUUAGAUGUCAACUUGGUCCCGAAAAGCUUUUCAAUUUUUGAUAUUUUUUAUUUUUAAAGCAACUAAUACUUGUGUUUUUAAAUGAGUACGUAUUCUUGGAGUUAUAGGACGGCUGUUCAUCGUCAAGUUUCUGCCAAACGGGUGAAAACGGACCAGGAAAGUCCUGACAAAAAUGAAGUUUGUCAAAUUGAAAGUGACAAGGUUGUUUUGCAUAGUUCAAGUUCACAAAACAAUGAUGCGGCGGGCAUUGUCACACCUAAAAGACGUAAGGGAAAUGAAACAAUUUUAUGCAAAUUAUGUUAUAUUUUGAUUUAUUUGUAGAUGGUCUGCAUUAAUAACAUUCUCCUAUUUAAUAAUGUAGUAAUAUUUUAUAUCACAUAAUUGUUGGUUUAAGUAUGUUUGCUUAGGUAAAUAUUUUUUGGUUUCUAUUUGUAGUUCAUUGGAGAGCCAAAAUUUAUUUUGGGAAUUUAAACAAAAAAACCAAUGAAGGUAUAGUGUGGUAUACAUGGUAUGGAAUGGUAUAUGGAAUGGUAUAUGGUAUGGUAUGAUAUGGAAUGGUAUGGAAUGGAAUGGAAUGGAAUGGUAUGGAAUGGUAUGGAAUGGUAUGGAAUGGUAUGGAAUGGUAUGGUAUGGAAUGGAAUGGAAUGGUAUGGUAUGGAAUGGAAUGGAAUGGUAUGGUAUGGUAUGGUAUGGUAUGGAAUGGAAUGGAAUGGUAUGGAAUGGAAUGGUAUGGUAUGGUAUGGUAUGGUAUGGUAUGGAAUGGUAUGGUAUGGUAUGGUAUGGAAUGGUAUGGUAUGGUAUGGUAUGGAAUGGAAUGGAAUGGUAUGGUAUGGUAUGGUAUGGUAUGGUAUGGAAUGGAAUGGUAUGGAAUGGAAUGGUAUGGUAUAUGGUAUGGAAUGGUAUAUGGUGUGGUAUGGUAUAGUGUGGCAUGGUAUGGUGUUUUAUAAAAUAACAUGUAUAUAACGCGUGUUCUGAUUGGUCGAAACCCGUGUUUGGAUCAGGCCAUCCAAACACGGAAAACUAUCGUGUUGUUGUUAUUUUAUAAAACAAUUACUUUAUGGUUUCCGUGUUUGGAUGGAAUGAUCCAAACACUUGGGAAUGUUGCUCGAGUUAAGAAAAGCGCGCAUUCCCGCGUGUUUGGAUCAGGCCAUCCAAACACGGAAACCAUAAAGUAAUUGUAUAGUAUGGUAUGGUGUGGAAUGGUAUGGUAUGGUAUAGUGUGGCAUGGUAUGGUAUGGAAUGGUAUGGUAUGGAAUGGUAUGGUAUGGUAUGGUAUGGAAUGGUAUGGAAUGGUAUGGUAUAUGGUAUAUGGUAUGGAAUGGUAUAUGGUAUGGAAUGGUAUAUGGUAUGGUAUGGUAUGGUAUAGUGUGGCAUGGUAUGGUGUUGUAUGGUAUGGUAUGGUAUGGUAUGGAAUGGUAUGGUAUGGUAUGGUAUGGUAUGGUAUAGUGUGGCAUGGUAUGGUGUUGUAUGGUGUUGUAUGGUAUGGUAUGGAAUGGUAUGGUAUGGUAUGGUAUGGUAUAGUGUGGUAUGGUAUGGUGUUGUAUGGUAUGGUGUUGUAUGGUAUAGUGUGGUAUGGUAUGGUGUCGUAUGGUAUAGUAUGGUGUGGUAUUGUAUGGUGUCAUAUGGUUUUGUGUGGUAUGGUAUGGUGUUGUAUGGUAUAGUGUGGUAUGGUGUUGUAUGGUAUGGUGUUGUAUGGUAUGGUGUCAUAUGGUAUGGUGUGGUAUGGUAUGGUGUUGUAUGGUAUAGUGUUGUAUGGUAUAGUGUGGUAUGGUGUCGUAUGCUAUAGUGUGAUAUGGUAUUGUGUGGUAUGGUAUGGUGUUGUAUGAUGUAGUGUGGUAUGGUAUGAUGUGGUAUGAUGUGGUAUGUAUGUAUAGGUAUAUAUGAUAUAGUGUGGUAUGGUAAUGGUUUGGCAAUGAUAUGGUAUAAUGUGAUGACUUAAAAUAGAUAAGUUUCUAUGUUUUUUUAGCAUCUUUGGCAUAUUAUUUCUCAGUAUUUGGUGAUAUAGAAGACGUCAAGGUCAAAUACAAUAUUCAUUUAUCAAUUUUUACAUACUAUUUAUUAUAUUUUAAAGCUAUGAAUUGAAACAUUUACUUGGCUUUUAUUUUUUGCCACAGCUUAUUCGAGACCAUGACACAAAAGAGUCGAGAGGAUUUGCAUUCAUAACAUUUGAAAAAAUAGAGGCAGGUAAUGACCAAUUGGUGCAUUGGGUCAUUCAAAAAAACAUCCAUACCUCCCCCACAGACGAAAUUGUAACUGAGGGUAGGGACCCUCUUCGGAUGCCCUAACACACUUACUAUCGUCAGAAAUCUUUCUCCCCUCCAUUUCCACACUGCAGAAAUUUCCUCCUUGGGGGCAGGGUGGAUCUUUCAUGCAACAACCAUUUUAAUUUGUCAACUGACAUGUUUUGAGAUAUUUGAUGCUAUAGAAUCUUGUUUUAAUUCAUGUUAAUUUGUUGUAUUUCAGCUGAAAAGGCCAAAAAAUGGUGUUCAUUUAAUUAUCCAGUAAGUGGUACUGUAAAACAUAGAGCGCCAGCGCUUUCCCUUUGACGAGUAAAAUUGUCUGAUGUUACACAGAGUGAAAUAAUAAAGUAGCGAGCAUUAUAGGGUGCAUUGCAACUCAAUGGGUUAAUGUCUCUUCAAUAUGCGGUUGUCUGAUUAAAAUCAUUUCACAUUAUUUAAAUCUGAGUUGCCAAGAGUUUCAAUGUUUCAAAUGAAGGCACUUCGCUUGCAUCUGGUAUUUUUGACACAGCCCAUUUGAGUCCUUCUGGGCACUCUGGUUUCUCCUGUUGUAAUAACACUGUGUUUAGAACUGAGACAGCUUAUAUUAUAUUUCCUGCAUUUACAGAGUUUAGAUGAUAACAACAUCACUGUUGCAAGCGCCGAAAGAAAGACUCACAAGGUUAGACUGGCAAUUCAUACAGUAUUUCUGCUUCAACCACUCUGCAUGUCAGUGGCGAAGCCAGCCCGACAAUUUGGUCAUGCUAUGCAAAUAUUUCCGUGUUCAUAGGCCGUGAAAAGAAUCGAUUUCUAAAGAAAAGAAUAAUGAUAAUUUAUGAUUUAUAAUUUGCACCACUUAUACAAAAAACAGAAGCAGGGUAGAUCGUUUCGUGUCAGUGGAAUAGUGGAAAAUAUGGAAUAGUCUACCUGUUCCAAUAAGAAAAUCUGUAAAUCUUAGAUUUUUAAAUGAUGCAAUACUAAGACACCACUUAGCACGGUACGAACACAUUGAUAAUUACGAAGCUUUGUUCUUUAUAGAUAAUUAUUCUAUUGUAUUAACUUUAGACUUAGAAAAUAACGUUUUUAAUAUUAGUAAGUAGGCGAGCUAGCGUUAACCAGUUAAUUACUAACGAUUUUAUAUAUAUAUAGUCUAAUUUGUAUGUAAAUUUGAGGGCCAUAGAUUUCUUAGCUUUGCUGUUAUGUGUAAUCCUCGUAAAAUAAAGUUUUCAUUCAUUCGUUCAUUCAUAUAUUCAUCUCUUUGUUGCCAAGAAUAAUUUUGCUUUGCUUAUCUUCUGUACUUUUUCUUUCAGAUCAAAAUUUCCAAAAAAGACGAAAGAGCAAAACGGCACCCGUCCCAAACCCUGUUUUGGGAGUUCAAGUGGACAGACACUAAUGAGGCUCAGGUAAUAUCGAAUAAUUUUACUGCAGAACAUGACAAGUUACAGUUCAGACAGUUCUAAAGAAUGCGCAUUUCUUCACCACUUCUGUACACUGCUACUUCAAAACCCCUGAGAGACGGACCUGAAACAAGUCUUAACUCUGGUUUACACUAUCAAAGUUUCUGUGAUCACAGUAGGAAUUUUGCAUAGGUAAAUUUUAAGUUUUGAAGGAUUUGUAAGAAAUGUUUGAGAGAACUAACUUGGCGUUAAACACUGAGUUAGUUUCCUCAAACAUUUCUUACAAAUCCUUCAAAACUUAGAAUUUACCUAUGCAAAAUUUCUACUGUGAUCACAGAAACUUUAGCAAGAUAGCAUUAACUCUAUGCUGUGCACAGGAUGAGAAUAUAUUUGACGGUAAUUAAAAAUUAAAAAUGUUGAUUCUUCCUCAGGUUUAUGGUCCAUAUGAGACAAGUUUAAUGCAAGCAUGGAAAAAUCAGGUUAGUAGCAGCCUAACAGGUUAUUUUAGAGAGAAAGAUAGAAAAACUUUAUUUAGACACGCCGUCCAUGUCAAUAAAUGCUGAUUUCCAUGUGGGCCGAUAUUUUGUAUAAUCAUGAUGAAUGUAAUAAAAAUAUCGCCGUAUUUGAUAACCAGAACGUAUGAAGCGAGAUACACAGUUCUUUAUUGACAACGAUAGCAAAGUUGUUUUAAAUGAAACAUAGUUGUUAAACAAAACUGUUUAUACGUGCUAUAGUCAAAAUGGCGGUGAUCACCUUUUUGUAGAAACUUAGUAGAGAUAUUCCGAAGAGAAACACAAUCUUGUAAUUUAAUUGAUGAAAAUAAGUCUAGCUAGCAAGUCUAGGGAGUCUUAAAGUUAUCCAAAUUAAUUAGUGUAUAUUGGUUAGAUAGCAACAGAACUGAGCUCUGUAACCAAAUUAUAAUGUAUCACUACUUUCAUUCUUCAACAAGACAACUUGAAGAUUUAAGAUGGCAAAUGACUAAAUCAGUUCUAUGAAAGAGUACAUCGUUUUCCAAAAUAGCCAGGCUAUAAAGUUGAGCAGGUUGAGGAAAAAGAACUUUGUUUGAAAGCUUAGAGUGCAGGAAGGAGAGCAGAAUUGAUAUUUUAAUCUCGUGGUACCCACUGCCUGCCCACUAAUUUCAAAACAAAUAGAUUGCGUAUUACUGAAAAGAAUUCUCGAAACCGUUAGUUUCCAGCCGAAGGGAGUACCUAGAACAGAGUUUAUAUUGUGUUCAAACUUUCAGGGGUAUUUCGAUCGCGGGUGUUGGGUAAGGCAAGUUCUUCAUCGUCAGAUCAGCCGUGCUGGAGAAAAACACGAAGUUCAAGCAAACACUUCUGAAGUAACUCGCGCUGAAGAUCUACAAAAUGCCGCUAACGUGAACACUUUUGAAGGAAAUUCAAAAGAUGAAAGCUGCGAGGCUAGGCCUUGUAAGAAACCAAAGUUGGUGAUUGAAUAUUCAGAUUCAGAGGAUGAAGGCGAUCAUGAUGAUGAUGAAGAAUGUGGUGAUGAUAAAGAAGAAUGUCGUGAUGAUGAAGAAGGAUGUGGUGAUGAUGAUGAAAAAGAAUGUGGUGGGAUUUCAGAUGCAGAUGGAAGAUCCGCUAAUAUUUUACCACGUUAUGAAAGUGAACAUUUAAAACUGAAAAUUAAGGAAAAUGAACAUUUACAACUUCAUGAAAGUAAAGAUAAACUUGAUUCCGUAGUGGAAGUGAAACAGGAUGAAAGAACGAGUAGUAGUGAACAAUACGAAGGUGAACAUCUACGACUGUCUGAAAAUGAGAAACAAGACAAUUCUAGUUUAAGCAAAGAACAUUUACAACCGAGUGAAAGUGAUCUGUUGACAUUCAAAAUGAAGCAGAGAGAUGGUGAAAGUUUAGGACUAGCAAAUGAUGAAGGGAAAAAAGGUGUUGUAAACGAAACAACACUGAAACAUAUUGACAGAGAGAAUGGAGAAUCUGUCAGGGAAGAAAUACAUGCCGUAAAGAUGCAUAAUAACAUUUUGGAACAACACGAACAUCAGGUUCAAACACAAGAAGUAAGUCAACAAAAACAAAAUACAAGCAGCGAGGAUAAUUUACGUUCUGGUGCCCAUGAGCAAUCAAUCCCCAACAAGGUGGGAGAGAACUUGGAUAUUUUGCAGAUGUAUGAACAAGGAUCUUCAGUUCUGUCAGAAUAUGAUGAACGCGAUGAACGAUUGAUCAAUGACGAGGAUUUAAGACGAAGUGAUGAUUCAAGCAGCGGGGAGGAAGACAUUGAAAACGAUGAUGAUGAUGAUAUUUCUACCGAAUUUGUUGCAAUAUCAGAAAUUGAUUUUAAUUUUUAUCCAUGAAAUAAUUAAAUACUCUACUGUCUCCUGUGAUUGACAACACAGACAGAUAACUAUAUAGAUGGCUUUUACUCACAAUCCUGCAGUCGAUGGUGGUCAAGCAGUAUCAUCAUCAUGAGAAAAUAAUGGUCAUGAGCAUGUUAGGAACAACCAGACUGAACUUUCGCUCAAUACAUAAGAACGGUGUAAUAGAGAAAGUAAUAUUUUAGGAACUACGAAGUACAUAAAUACAUAAACCGUAGCAAGGGUUUUUCCAGGACUUUUUGUGGCCAUUAAACGGAGCCAAAAACUCAAUAUCGAAUGUCACCAUGUCGUCGAAAUGUCCAAAAACGGACGCAUAAAAAGUCCCGAAAAACCCCUGAUAUAAAUACAUAAUACCGUAGGCUUCUAUUCAACUACCUGUAUACUUAUUCAUGUGUGUUUAUAAUUUACAGCACGUGACAGUCCCGGAGACAUGCACGUGUUCAGUUAAGGUGACAGUGCUGGCAUUUUGUAAGUCGCGUGACGUACGAUCACCUUUACUCAGCUUGCACUGCAUCUGUUGUUUGAGUUCUUGCGCGAGAGUCUCGAAUGUAAGAUUCACAUUAUCAGCCUCCUUUGCGGACGCCUCGAUAAAAAUCAUCUCUUCAAAUUCCGCCAGAGCUUUUCCAGACGCACAUGGUACUUCGCGCUCGCAUAAGUCGUUCUUGUUUCCAACUAAAACUUUUAUGAUAUUUUUCUUGCGCGUAUGUUUCUUAACGUCGGCUAGCCAUUGUGGAAUUGAUGCAAAACUUUUCUUAUCGCUCAAAUCGUAGACUAAAACAACCGCGUCCGCUUGCCCGUAGUAACUUCUUGUCAGGGAUUUAAAUGUCUCCAUUCCUGCUGUAUCCCAGCAUUGUAGUUUAAUCUUCUCACCAUCAAUUUCCAAACUUUUCACACAAAAGUCCACGCCGAUCGUUGAGCCGAUUGUUUCCGAGAAAUAUCCCUUCGUGAAUCGACGUAUCAGCGAGGUUUUUCCGACCCCCGAGUUUCCAACUAAGAGAAUUUUAAAGAUAUAAUCAUAGUUCAUGGUCGGAUUAAGAGGUAAUAAUCGGGUUAGGAUUAUUUCACAACAUGAGACAAUAAUUCCUGUUAUCAACAAAACGUUUGCGAUUUGAACGUUCGAAUUAGUUCUGAAUAUCUUUUAAAACAUCAGACAAAAUGUUUGUUGUGAUGAAAUAUGGUGAUCUUAAACCUUCAAACAUCGAAUGCUUUCACGUUAUUGUGAGUUUUUUCUGGGGCUGGAAGGAUAUUGAGACUUUAGUAUUGUGUUGACUGUUGAGUUCGUCUUCCUAGCUAAAAGAAUUGAUCUAUCUUUCUCUUUUGAGACAGCAACGUGUGCAAAGUACUUUCAGUUUCACUUACGAGUUACCUAGUUCCAAAGUUUAUUGUUGAUUGUUUUUUAAGUCUACUUAAGUGUAUUUCCCAUUAGCAGACGGACUUUCCCUUGUCUGAGAGUUUUUUUUUUUCUGUGGUCUAAAAUAACCUUGUCCUUGAGUUUUGACUCUUGAACUGUUGGACUGAACCUUUUAGGGCAUUUCGGCUCUCGUGUAUAUUUCGUCGUAUAGUUGGGCAGGUUGACUUGAAUAUGAUCUUUGAUUUCAGAUGUCUCCUCAAAUACUAUUAGUAUAUCUUUGCAUAACGAGGAGGACAGGUUGUUCAAACUUUCUUGUCGUACCUUUUGCCUUGCAGUACAGUCUCGAAUAAUGAAUUUAUGCUUGGAUCUUUGCUACAGUGACUUUUCAGUACACAAGCACUUCACAGUUAUUUUGGGAAUUCUCCUGAAAUAUACUGUGUUUUGGAGAGGAAGCCGCUCUAUUUUCCCAACUGUCUUGAGCCUUGUUGUAAGAUUCUCGUCUGCUUGACUCGAAUAAUGAAUUGACCCUUGGAAUUUUAUCUCUGACUUUCGCUUUGCAGUGAUAUCUUUAAUAUAAUAUUAUGAUAUCCAACCUUCAAAUUUUCCAAACCAAAUACUUUAUUUCGUUUUCUUGGAUUGCUGUUGAUAGAUCACACAUAAUCUUG